GAUCCCCUCCGGCGGGGGCGAGGGCGGGGGCGGGGGGUGCCUCCUGCCCGCUGGCCGCCCGGGGCUGCCGGGACGGGAAGCUGCGAAGCGGCCACCGCGGCAGGCUCCCGGUCCGCCGGAGGCGAGCCGGGCCAGGGCAGCGCCGGGGAGUUCCCCGAGAGCCGCCGGUAGAAGGGAAGAGGGGACGGAGGCGGGCACCCCCCAGGCGCGGCCAGCGGGCGCCUCCCCGAGUCGCCAGAGCUCCGACACGGCGUCUCGGCAACCGCGCAUGCGCGGCGGCGCGCUUUACGGCGCUCCUGCUGUUGCCUAGCAACGGAAGCGCUGUACGGCAGCUGGGGAGACGCGCAUGCGCGAUGCGUCUUUUACGGCGCUCGCCGCUGUUGCCUGGCAACCGAAGGGCGACACGGCGUCGCGGCAACCGCGCAUGCGCCGCGGUGCGGUUUACGCCGCUCCUGCUGUUGCCUGGCAACCAAAAUGCUGUACUGCAGCUGGGGACGCGCGCAUGCGCGCUGCGCCUGUUACGGCGCUCAACGCUGUUGCCUAGCAACCACAGCGCGGCACGCCAUCACGGCAACCGCGCAUGCGCGGCGGCACGCUUUACGGCGCUCCUGCUGUUGCCUGGAAACCAAAACGCUGUACGGCAGCAGGAGGCGCGGGCAUGCGCGAUGCGCCUUUUACGGCCCUCGCCGCUGUUGCCUAGCAACCACAGCGCGGUAUGGCGUCUCGGCAAGCGCGCAUGCGCGGUGGCGCGCUUUACGGCACUCCUGCUGUUGCCUGGCAACCAAAACGUGGCACUGGCGUUCGGGAGCCGCGCAUGCGCGGUGGCGGCGCGUUUCGCCAGCGCUCUCUUCCGCCGCCUAUUGACCGAAGUUCGGUACUGCAGCUGGGAGCCGCGCAUGCGCGCUGGCGCGCCGCGCCAAGCCCUGGCAGUUGCCACCCUGCGACCAACGUUCGGUACUGCAGCUCGGAGGCUGCGAGUGCGCGGGGCUGCCCCUGUCCUGCACGUGCCGUCCGACGGUAACGGCAAUGCGGCACCGGCGAGAGGUGCCGCCGCGCUCGUUGCUUCCUCCCGGUAAGGAAACGCCGCUGCCGCUCAGGCGCGCGGUGUCGGCGGGCGCUCGGCGCGCAAAGCGCGGAACC